AUGUUCUUCCAGACCUCUCUUCGACGUGCAGUGCUUCCCACCCCUACUCGAAGGCUUCCCAUCAGCCUAUCGCGCAAAUGGCUCACCACAGAACAAAAGCAGAUCGUGAAGUCGACGAUUCCCGCCCUCGAACAGCAUGGGCUCAAUGCUCUGGCCCAUGCCGUAUGGGCUUAUGCCGUGAACAUUGACCACCCAGAGGCUCUCGCCGGUGCCGUGUCUCGCAUUGGUCAUAAACACGCGAGCUUAGGUGUCACGGCCGAUCAAUAUCCAAUUGUUGGCAAACAUCUGCUUGCCGCGAUCAAGGAGGUUCUGGGCCCAGCUGUCACUGCCCCGGUAGUUGAUGCAUGGGGUGCAGCGUACCAAGAGCUUGCUGAUAUCUUCAUCACUUUUGAAAGCAACAUUUACCAGCAAAGUGUAGAGACCCCAGGUGGAUGGAAAGGAUGGCGGAAAUUCUUCAUCUCCGAUAAAGUCUCGGAGAGCGACGAGAUUAUCUCUUUCCACCUUACCCCACCUCGACAGUAUAGUCUAUCAGACUCUCCAAGUCCGGAUCACUUUCGGAUUUCCGUGAAGCAGGAAUUCGCAAGUGGCCCGAAACCCGCCGGUCGGAUCUCCAAUGUACUACACGAAUCCCUUCCUGUUGGCGCCGAGCUAGAUGUGAGCAUGCCAUUCGGUGACUUUGUUCUCGACGUCAAUGCCACUUCCCCGGCUGUAUUGAUUAGUGGCGGCGUGGGUCUUACUCCGAUGAUGUCGAUGCUGAAGACUAUAAUUCAACAACAAGGCCAAGCACGACAGGUCGUUUUCAUCCACGCCGCAAGAAACGGUCACGUGCAUGCCAUGAAGCAGGAUCUCGCCCGAAUCACUGCAGAUCAUCCGUCCGUCAGCCGCAUCGUCUUCUACGAGGAGACCACAAAACGCGAUAAGCAGGGAGUGGACUACGACCAUGUCGGUCGGUUCGAUCUGGUCAAAGUCAGAGAAGAAGCUGUCAUUCCGGAUGCCAACUACUAUAUCUGUGGGCCACAGCCGUUUAUGAAGGCGCAGAGUAUGAGUCUCGAGGCAAUGGGAGUUUCCCCGGAUCGAAUCCAUAUGGAGGUUUUUGGAUCCCCUUCAGACUAG